AUGGAGGUUUUAAAAAGCCGUGAUUGGAUUUGUAGUGAAUAUUGGCCUAAGAAAGUCACUGCUGUUGAAGACGGUGUUGAUGAUAAGGAUGAGUGA